AUGGAAGGAACGCUUUAUUUUGCUUAUAAUUUACGUGAAGACGAUGAUAGUUAUGCAUGUAUAGCAACAAUAGAAACUCAAUCAGCUCAGCAAGGACCGUUUUUCCGACUAAUUCUUCCCCAUUUAAACACCAAACAUAAAUCAGCACAUGGCAAAGUUCAGAGAUUUCCCCACUCAUUUGCUCCAAGAAUUGAUGAAUAUCAGCCGCAGCUUUUUCCAGAAUUGCCCAUUCGAGGACAAACUGUCCACUUGGAAUGCUUUGCUUAUGGAUUUCCAAUCCCAACUUAUCGAUGGACUCGAGUAGAUGGACUUCCUCUUCCUGUAGGUCGUCAUAAAUUACUUAGCUUUGGACGUAUUCUUCGUAUUGAUGCAGCAGAGUUAACUGAUUCGGGAAGAUAUCGUUGUACUGCUCAGAAUGAGCUUGGAACAACUAGUGCUGAAUUGAAGCUUAUUAUUCAAGCACCUCCAGUUUUGUUUCACCCUCUAAUUGAUCAAUUAGUAGCACCAAAUUCUACAGCUUCCCUGCAUUGUCAAAUACCCGAUUCUGGGAGUGUACAAGUUGAAUGGUUUCGAAAUGGAUCUCCGCUCUCGCCAUUACUUUUAACUGAACAAGAAAGGAAACGUUUUUUGAUCGCUGGGAAUGAACUUACAAUUGUCAAUGCCUUACCUUCUGAUUCUGGAAUGUUCCAAUGUAUUGUCUCCAAUGAUAUUGGCAGUGUUACUUCUUCAGCAUUACUUUUUGUUACUGAAUUGGCUCCUCGUUUUCAUUCAAAUGUUUUUCCUUCAAAAAUAUUUGUUGUAGAAGGAACUCAUUUAUCUAUUCCUUGCCUUGUUCAGUCCAAUCCUCCGGCAAAAACUCAUUGGAAAAAAUUGGACGACUCUUCAGAAGCUGAAGGUUUUGAAUUAAAUAAUUUUGUUGAUCAAUCAGUGCCUGGCCAAGAAAUUACUUUAUUAAAUAUUCAAAAUGCUCAAGCACUUAAUUCUGGUUUAUAUGAAUGUACAGCAAUUAACAGAUUAGGAAAAGUUAAAGCAAUAAUGCGGUUGGAAGUUAUUCCACGUCCACAAAUGUCAAUACAAAUUGAAGAAUCCAAAGAAGACCAAUUUUCAAAGAAAUUUACUUGUGAAGUAGAAAUUGCUUGUCACAGCAUUGAAGAUUGUCCUGAAGCUCUUUUUAGUUGGGAAUUUAAUGAUAAACCAAUUGAAAGUUUGACAUUUGGUAAUGGAGGACAAGAACAACACCAAACAAUUAGAAUGGGCCAAAGAGAAAAUGCUUUUAAACAAAUUGAAAAUGGAAGAAUAAAUAGGUUGGUUAAACAACAAAGUCAAUUGGAAUUACCUACAAAAUUUACAAAAGAAAAUGUUGGCCGUUUUGCUUGUAAUUCACUUUUUGGUGUAGCAACAGUUGAAGUUGAACCUUCACUUAUUUUUGUUCCUUUAAAGUUGUCGGUAGGGGAGGUACACGAUGGAAGUGUUAAAUUACUCUACAGAAUAUUACAACCACAAACUUCGAAUGUGAAAAGACGAGAUGGAAAUUAUAAACAAAAGCCAAUAGAAAAGAUUUAUCAAUUAGAUGUUCGAACAGCCCUUGAUCGGUAUUGGAGACCAAUCAGAAGAGUAGAGCUAGACGAGAACGCUAUUAGUUCAAAUAGUUUAGAGCGUGAAAUUCUUUUGGAAAAACUUGAACCGAAUCAACUUUAUCAGUUUCGGUUGAGACCGUCUACAGAAAGAGUUCAAUAUGCAACACUCUCCGAUUGGGUGCGAACGCCUGAAGCAGUUCCUUCGCAAGUUGUACAAAAUCUUCGCUUUCGAAUGCUUGACGAUCAACAUUUACUGCUUGAGUGGGAUCCAAUUGAAAGGGUGUUUCAUUCUGCUCCUCAACUUCGUUAUAAUGUUAGUUGGAAUCUCCAUGAUGGCCAACAAUUUUCUGAAUCUACAACAACUCCAAGAAUUGUCAUUAUUUUACCUUCAAAUUUAAAAAAUAAUUCUAAAGAUUGUUUAAUUUUGAAUGUUAAUGUUCGACCUUAUAAUCGAGUUGGACCUGGAAAAGUAGCAACAAGUAAAGUUGUAAGAGCGAGUGAUAAAAGUGAGUUUUUUGGGAAUUUUUUGGGGAAAUUUUCUUUUUUUGUUUUCUUUAAAGAACCUCAACGUUUUGCUGUCAAUCUUCAAUUAAAUACUAUCAAUUCAACCCAUUUAAAUAUUUCUUGGAAUUGGGAAGGUAUAGAUCCUUGUGAAAAUGUUUUGGGAGCUAAGAUUAUAUGUAAUGAAGAAGGAACUAGCAACAAUUUGGAUAAUUUUGGAAAUAUUAAAGAAAAGAAAGGGGGCAGACAACAAAGUAAACUUCCAAAUCUUUCAAAUUCACUUCACCAACAAAUAUCUCAAUCUGUGCCUUCAGAAUAUAAUUUUUGGCUUUUUGGUGGAUUAUUACCUGAACGAAAUUAUUUUUGUAAAAUAAUUGCUUUUGAUCAAUAUGGAAGAAACGGCCCAGAAAGAAUUGAAAGUUUUGGAAGAGGGAGGACAUCAGAAAAGGCACCUGAUAAAGCUCCUGAAAUUAGUUUUGUGCUGGUUGAAGAAAUUGAAGAUUUGGAUUCGGAGAUUGAUAAAGGUACAUCAUCAACAAUAAAUAAAAGAGGAUAUGCUUUAUUACUUGAUUGGAGACCUGUUCCUCUUACGUUAACAACAACAACAAUAAUAAACGAGUCUUAUUCUGCAAAAGAUGGUUCUUCUUUGACAUCCAAGAUUAGAUCAGAGAUCAGAAAAAGUGAAGAAAAUAGUAGCAGGCAGAGAGGAUACAAGGUUAGAUUUUAUGUUAUUUGGGGUUGGGGUGUUAGUUGGGGGUUUCCCCAAACGUUUUUUGAGAGAUUUUGUUUACCUAGACUAGGAAUAUACUUUGGACUUUUUAUUUUUAAAGGUUACCACUCAUCCCCCUUCGUUGAAGGACAUAUGUAA